AUGGAUUCCACCUCUCAGUUUAGUUGUGGUGACGAUGACAGAGACUGGCUAAGUGAAGAAGUGUUUUCUGGUGUGGCUAGCUCUAGUGGGGAGGACGAGGAACAUUCUUUUGAGACUGACUCUGAGGGAUGCGAGAUGAAUGAAGAGGUGAACGGGAAUGGAUUGGGCGUAGACCUGGUGCCAAGUGACGGGGAUCCUCCCAGCUGCAGGUCCGUGGAGGAUUUUAUGGACCAUGUGUUUAACACCGAGGAAGAGGCUUAUGCAGCGUACAAACAGUUUGCCCGGUUAAGGGGGUUCGGUGUAAGGAAGGGUGACGUGGCUCGAGUAGACGGUGUUUUGGUGCGGCGAGACUUUUUUUUGCCACCGGGAGGGUACAAGGUUUGGAAGGUCAGGAGGAUCGACGACAGCCACAACCACCCUCUUGCUGCAACUAUGUUUAAUCAUCUUCUUCCUAGUCAUCGGAGUUUGAGCGAGAGCAAUAAGGCACAGGUCGAUAGUUUGAAGAAGUUCGGUAUAGCCACAUUGAAGAUUAUGGCUUACAUGGCCGGGCAGUCAGGAGGAUACGGGAUGCUUCAGUUUACCAAAAGAGAUCUGUAUAACUAUGUUCACAUCCAGAGACUGUCUCAAAUAAAUGACGGGGACGCGGCAGCAACGAUAAGUUAUUUGGAGGGUAAGGCGAACGCCGACAUCAUGUCCGUCGCCAGAUACACGAAACCAUUAGAGGGUCGACUAGGGAGUCUCUUCUGGGCUGAUGGACAGAUGAUGGCGGAUUAUAAGCUGUUUGGCGACGUGGUUGCAUUUGAUGCAACAUACCGAUCCAACAAGUACAAGAAGCCUCUAGUAGUCUUCUCUGGAUCUAAUCACAACAAGCAGACUGCGAUUUUUGGGUUUGCGUUACUCGAGGACGAGGAGGUCCGUACAUAUAGGUGGGUUUUGUUGAAUCUUGUGGACAUCAUGGAUAAUAAGAAGCCUUCCGUCGUGGUCACCGACGGGGAUAAAGCCAUGAGAGCAGCGAUAGAUGAUGUACUUCCUUCAGCCAGGCAUCGGCUUUGCGGGUGGCAUUUGGAAAAGAACUGUGUGAUGCAGGUGAAGGAGCCUGAUUUUCGGAAGGUCUUCAAGAAGGAAAUGUACGCAAAUCUCGAUGUUCUGGUGUUUGAGGAUCACUGGACGACGACCGUGCAAAGUCUUGGUCUAAUGAACAACAGUUGGGGUGGUGAAGGUUAUCGCAAUAACGAGGUUACAGCCCAGUUCUAUUCGACGUAUUACACGCCCGUGUUGAUCACAGGUCUGGAUAAGAUUGAGCUAUUUGCUUCGAAGAUAUACACUGGAAGUGUCUUCAAGGAGGUCAGGAAACAAAUCAAAGCGGUCGGGGGAUUACUAUUUCUGGGAAAAGACACCAUCAGCACAACCUCGGUGUACAAGUUCUCAAGCACGGCGAACCGUCGUAGUGUCCGCAGGGUGUUGUAUGAUCCAACUGAGCCUAAGAUUGAGUGUGACUGUCAUAUGUGGAACAGUGAAGGUAUUCCGUGCACCCACAUAUUUUCUGUGAUGAAGUAUGAGGGGUUGGAAGAGAUCUCGCCCAGUUUGAUAUUGAGGCGGUGGUGUAAAGACGCCAAGGAAUGGACGCCAAAAGAAACAGAACGGGAAGAGACGCACGGUUCUUGA